AUGGCUAACGCAGAAGAAGUUUCAGCUCUUAAAAGCAUCAAAUUGCAUCUUCUUGGUGAAUUUUCACCUCUUCCAUCUCCAAUUUCAGAACCAUGGAGCUUUGAUUUUGAUUUUCAAUUUCAAACCAAUCAAACAAACUCUUCCAGUUUUGAUUCUUCAAUCUCUUAUCUCACAAAUCUUAUUGAAUCAGAGACACAGAUUCCGGUCUUUGAAUUUGCCUCCAAGACUCAACCAAUUGAACCUGCUAGUCCUGAAGCCCUAAUUUCUCAUCCUCAACGAACAGUAGAGAAGAAGCCUCAACUGAAUCGGAAACCGUCGCUGAAAAUCGCUCUUCCAAAUAAAACUGAAUGGAUCCAAUUCGGAAAUCCAGAUCCGAACCCGAACCCGGAGGUGGUUGUUCAGAAACCUGAAGUUGUUGAGAAACAGCACUACAGAGGAGUUAGACAGAGACCGUGGGGAAAGUUCGCCGCCGAGAUCCGCGACCCUAACAAACGUGGCUCGAGAGUUUGGCUUGGAACUUUCGAAACCGCUAUCGAAGCCGCUAAAGCCUACGAUCGUGCCGCUUUUAGGCUUCGUGGAUCUAAAGCCAUUCUCAACUUUCCAUUAGAAGUCAACGCAAUGGCGGCGGAGGCGGCGGCGGCGGAGAAAUCCGACGAGAACAAAAAACGUUGCCGCGAAGAGGAAGAGGAUGAUGUAGUGGAAGUGAAACCGGUGGUGAAAAAGGAGAAAACGGAAGAAUUUGAUGUGAACUGUAUUAAAGAGAUGCCGUUAACGCCGUCAACUUGGACUGGGUUUUGGGACGUUGAUGUCAAGGGAACGUUCAGCGUUCCACCGUUAUCGCCGUUAUCUUCCUUUUGUUUUUCUCCUCUAGUGGUUGUGUGA